AGCAAUUGAAAGUUAAUAGAUUUUGCAAGUGUUAAAAAAGCACAAAAAAACAAACAUUUUUGGAGGUUGUUGGCGCCAAUUCCCCUAUAAAACACGGGAUUUUCUUAUGGAUUAAAACUACUUCAAUCAAAAAAUUCAGACGGCGGGAAUAUCAGAAAGAAAAGUGGGGCACCAAUUUCUAGCGUUAUACGGUGGCAAGAAAGCUGUCAAUUGUCUCUUUACACUCGACUGAAUCCUAUCAACACCAUGAGAACCCGCGAUGCCGACCUCCGAGAUACGCUGUUUCCGCCCACCAAUCAAAUGGAAAGCCAAAAAGUGGGUGGCAAAAGCGAAACAUACUGUUCCAGCUAUGAGCAUUGUGGAUCAAAGAUUCAAGAGUGUCCUGAAGAUGCCGAAGACAUGCUGCCACACAAAGAAAUGGGUCAACUUUCGUUCGAAGAAAAGAAAUUCCUUCUCGCCGUCGAGCGGGGAGAUGUGGCCACUGUCAGAAGGAUGCUGCAAAGGGCGCGAGAUACAAAUUACAUCGACGUCAACUGCGUGGAUCCUCUGGGACGUUCUGGGCUCUUAAUGGCCAUUGACAAUGAAAAUCUGGAAAUGGUUGAACUUUUGAUUGAAUAUCGAGUCGAGACGAAGGACGCUUUACUGCAUGCCAUUUCCGAGGAGUACGUUGAGGCCGUUGAAGUGUUGCUCGACCAUGAAGAGACACUACACAAAGAAGGCGAACCUCACAGUUGGGAGGCUUUGCAACCGGAUACGGCAACUUUCACCCCCGACAUUACACCGUUGAUCCUUGCGGCCCAUAGAGACAACUACGAGAUCAUCAAGAUUCUAUUGGAUCGGGGAGCCAAACUUCCAGCGCCACACGAUGUUAGAUGCGGGUGUAUCGAUUGCGUGACAUCAAGGCAAGAAGACAGUCUACGUCACAGCCGAUCCCGGAUAAAUGCCUACCGAGCUCUGGCUAGUCCGUCACUCAUCUCUUUAUCGAGUAAAGAUCCUAUCCUGACAGCUUUUGAAUUAAGUUGGGAAUUGCGCAGACUCAGCUUCAUGGAACACGAGUUCAAAAGCGAAUAUCAGGAAUUGAGGAAACAAUGCCAAGAUUUUGCUACUGCCUUGCUUGAUCAUACACGUAGCUCGUACGAGCUGGAAGUCAUGUUGAAUCAUGACCCCAAAGGUCCCGCUUUCGAACACGGAGAUCGGAUGAGUCUCAACCGGCUGAAAUUGGCCAUAAAAUACCGUCAAAAAAAGUUCGUGGCACAUCCAAACGUGCAACAACUCCUAGCUUCCAUAUGGUACGAAGGCCUGCCAGGCUUCCGACGCAAAAACAUGAUACUGCAGAGUUUAGAAGUCAUUCGAAUAGGAGUGCUCUUUCCACUUUUCUCCAUCCUCUAUAUUUUAUUUCCGCAUUCGUGCGGGAAAACGUUGCGCAAGCCGUUCAUCAAGUUCAUAUGCCACUCUGCUUCGUAUUUCACCUUUUUGUUCUUGCUGAUUCUCGCAUCUCAACGAAUUGAAACGGUAUUCAAAAACUGGGUCGGGCGACUUCCUGGCGUUCUUGAAAAAUGGAUUUCUGAUGACGUCACUACCAAACGAGGAGCUCCCCCAACAAUGAUUGAAUGGCUCAUCUUAGCCUGGGUUUGCGGUUUAGUUUGGAGCGAAAUCAAGCAGCUGUGGGAUGUCGGUUUACAGGAAUAUGUAGGAGAUAUGUGGAACGUCAUCGACUUUGUUACUAACGCUCUCUACGUAGCGACUGUCGCCUUACGCAUCGUUGCGUUCUUUCAAGUCCAAAAGGAAAUGGCAAAAAACGCGAAUUCAGCCUCUUUGCCUCGAGAAGAAUGGGACACUUGGGAUCCAAUGCUGAUAUCAGAAGGCCUGUUUUCCGCAGCUAACAUAUUCAGUUCUUUGAAGCUGGUCUACAUCUUUUCCGUCAACCCUUAUUUGGGUCCGCUGCAAGUUUCCCUCAGCAGGAUGGUAAUGGAUAUUAUGAAAUUCUUCUUCCUCUACGUCUUGGUUCUUUUCGCUUUUUCCUGCGGCUUGAAUCAGCUCCUUUGGUAUUACGCUGACCUAGAAAAGCAAGCCUGUGACGCACCUAGGCACGGCAAAUCGGAUCCGGACGCUUGUAUUGUGUGGAGGCGAUUUUCAAACUUGUUCGAAACAUCACAGACUCUGUUCUGGGCUGCUUUCAGCUUAAUUGAUCUCGACAAUUUCGAGUUGGUUGGCAUAAAAAGCUUCACACGUUUCUGGGGCCUGCUAAUGUUUGGCUGUUAUUCGGUCAUCAACAUUGUGGUUCUACUCAAUCUCCUCAUCGCCAUGAUGAAUCACUCUUAUCAACUGAUUUCCGAACGGGCUGACACGGAAUGGAAAUUCGCUAGAAGCAAAUUGUGGAUUAGCUAUUUCGAAGAAGGAGGAACGGUUCCACCGCCUUUCAACAUUAUUCCGACACCGAAAAGCGUGUGGUAUGUCAUCAAGUGGGCAUACUGCCAGUGCGUUGGGAAAUCUUCUCCACAUAAGAAAGAGCACAUGAAGACCAUUCGGAAUAUCAUGCGGAACUUGGUGCGCCGCUACGUAACAGUUGAACAACGCAAAUCAGACAACCAGGGGGUAACAGAAGACGACGUCAACGAGAUAAAACAGGACAUUUCCGCGUUCCGCUGCGAGCUGAUUGAAGUGCUCAAAAACUCGGGCAUGAACACAUCAACAGCGACGGGUGUUGGGCAAGGUAUCUCCUUUGGGAGCAUCAGGGGUAAAUUGAGUACUUCAUUUUUUUUAUUUGUCAUUACUUCCCUUCAACGCAGCCUUUAUCUUCGCAUUGUUUUUGUUAAUCAGCUUUUCUAUCCCGAUGCAUGCUAUUAUUUUAGACGUCUCUAUCCUGCCUGUGUUCCGCAUCUCUUAACGCAUCUUUCUCCUUUCUUUCACACGGCGUUAUGGUAAAUCAUUCACGACAUCUAGCGGUA